AUGCCAAAGCAGGUCACUACACCAAAGGAAUUCCUUGCUCUUGCCGCUCGCUCUGAUGCUAAGUGGGUUAAGGUAAAGAAGGCCAGUGAUGAUAACACAAAGUUCAAACUCCGCACAACAAAGUAUCUUUACACACUUUCCGUUAAGCCAAAGUUCGUCGAGCUUGUUCAGAACUCCAUCCCAGAGUCCCUUGAAGUUAUCGUCCUUGACAAGAAGGCUGAGUAA